AAGCACUCUACACUGAGCCUCAAAAACUGGACCUGGGAGUCUUGUGAUCCCUGAAGUAAUCGCCGGAGGCGACGUGGGUUGUAAAUUGGUUAAAUUACAACCAUUGUCUUUGCCUCACACUCAGACUUUAAGCCAAGUCUUGUGGAUAGACAGAGGACUUUGACUCAGGGACCAAUAUAUAAAGCGGAGGAGAGGGAGAGGCUGACUAUUACCUGACAAAGAGAGCGACUGAGAACGAGACCAUGGCCACGUGGAGGACACUCGGAGCUCUUUUGCUCAUUGUACAUGCUGUGUUUGGCCAGAGCAACAUCAGGUGGUGCACCAUCUCAGAGGCAGAGCAGAAGAAAUGUCAGGAAAUGUCGCAGGCUUUCGGUGCCGUCUCCAUCCGUCCUUCCCUCAGCUGUGUCAACGGGCAGUCAGUCGAGGGCUGCGCUCAGAAACUGCAGGCAAAAGAAGCUGAUGCCUUGUCCAUGUCCGCCUCUAGCAUCUACAAUCUGGGGAAGACUGUUUCCUUCAAGGUGGCUGCCAGUGAAUCAAAGGCUGGACUCACCGCCGCCUACUAUGCUGUCGCUGUGGUGAAGAAAGCAAACUCCGGCAUCAAUAUCAACAACCUGGCGGGAAAGAAGAGCUGCCACACCGGGAAAGGCAGAACCGCCGGCUGGAAGAUGCCUUUGGGAUACCUCCUAGACCAGGGCUACAUGUCCAUGAUGGGCUGCAACGUCGCACAAAGUGUGGCUAACUUCUUCAGUGCAAGCUGCAUCCCCGGAUGCCAAGGGGACCCUCCCUCUCUGUGUCAGCUGUGCAAAGGAGACGGCAAAGGGCAGCAUGUGUGUGAGAUGAGCGACAAAGAGAUGUACUACAGCUAUGAUGGAGCUUUCAGGUGUCUGGUUGAAGACGCGGGACAGGUGGCCUUUAUCAAACACACGACUGUCGAGGAAAACGCUAAUGCAACGUUGCUAUCAUCGGACUAUGAGCUGCUGUGCACUGACGGCACCAGAGCUCCUGUGACUGACUGGAAAAGGUGCCACCUGGUCCGCAUCCCAUUUCGUGGAAUUGUGGUCAACACCGACGUCGAUCCAUCCGUGGUGUUUAACAUGCUGAACGAGGGUCUGGAAAAGUCAGGCUUCAACAUGUUUUCGUCUCCUGGAACCGUACUUUUCUCUAACUUGACAACUAAGUUUGAGGCGGUCACGUCAGAUGACCCCAAGAAGUGGAUGGGGGACGACUAUUAUAACGCUAUGAAAGUCAUGGACUGUAAACCUGAAGAUAUCCCAAGUCAACUGCGCUGGUGUGUGUUGUCCAGCGGUGAGCAGCAGAAAUGUGCCGACAUGAGCAAUGCUUUCCACUCUAAAGGUCUGACCCCAACCAUCAAAUGUAUCUAUGGGGACUCUGUGACAGACUGCAUGGCGAGAAUAAAGAACAACGAGGCCGAUGCCAUCACUCUGGAUGGAGGUUACAUCUACACAGCUGGCAAAGACUACGGCUUGGUCCCUGCAGUUGGCGAGAGCUACACAGAGGAUCGCGAUGGCUCCAUUUACUACGCGGUUGCCGUCGUGAAAAAGAGCCUUAACAUCCGUAACCUUGACGAACUGCGCGGCCUUCGCUCCUGUCACACUGGGUACGGUCGCACGGCCGGAUGGAACAUUCCCGUAUCGACGCUGAUGGAGAGAGGCCUGAUCAACCCUCAGCAAUGUCAGAUACCCCAAGCGGUGGGAGAAUUCUUCAAGCAGAGCUGUGUACCAGGUGCCAAUCAGCCCGGUUUCCCCAGCAACUUGUGCGGCCUGUGCGUGGGAGACAGCGCGGGUCAAAACAAAUGCGAGAAGGGAAAAGACCUGUAUGAUGGAUACGAUGGUGCCUUCAGGUGUCUGGCAAAAGGUGAAGGAGACGUGGCUUUCAUCAAGCAUUCUACUGUCUUCCAAAACACUGAUGGUCAUUCGUCUGAUUCGUGGGCUGCAGGUCUCCAGUCCAAAGAUUUCCAGCUGCUCUGUUCUCAGGGAACUAAAGCCGAAGUGUCACAGUACAAGUUCUGCAACCUGGCCAGAGUCCCAUCCCACGCUGUAAUGGUGCGACCAGACACCAACAUCCACGCUAUUUACGGACUCCUGGACCGCGCACAGACCUUUUUUGGCAGCGACACAAAUCCCACUUUCAAGAUGUUUGACUCUCAGGCCUACAAAGGCACCGAUCUCAUCUUCAAAGACUCGACCGUUCGCCUCAUCGGUGUUGCGGACAGAAAGACGUACCAGGAUUGGCUGGGCCAGGGCUACAUGGAGUCACUGGUCGACAUGGAGUGCAGCUCAUCGAAUGCAGUGUUGUCAUCUGUAUGGGUGCUGCUGAUGAGCCUGCUCAGCUUCAUGCUGACCAACUUCUGGAUGUAAAGAUUCGACAUGAAACCUCCUACCUGCUUUUUUCCCCAUUUACAGUCCGCCCUUUUUUUCCUUUCACUCAUGUAAAUUUAACCGUUCUGACUGCUGUCUGAUCACCUUACUGUUCGGUGAAUUCCCUCAGUUUAGCCUCCUUGUAUCGUUUCUACGUGAUUAUAUGUAAUAUAGCAUUGUUGUAGCUGCCUUUCGAUUUGAAUUGUGCUAACGAUGAAGCGAGAGAAGAGUUAAAGCCCCGGAGCAAUUUUCAGCCAGUGUAUAUAAAUAAGUCAAGGGAAGGUUGUUCUACCACUUCGUUUACUGAAGGUGAGCUGCCAUAUCAGUGCGUAUGCUGCCACCUGUUACAUUGCUGUAGUGGUUAGUGCGCCAACCCCUCCUCCUCUCCAAAGUUAGCACUCCCGGUAGAGAAACUCAAAGACUGGGUGAUUUUUGUCUCGUCGUGGAACUCUCCUCGCUAAAUCUUCAGGGCAAAUUUUUUGUUAGAUUUCUGCUGAAUAUCAAAGAAUCUUUGAUAUUUCAAAGAUUUCAUUCAUUCUCUCAUUUUAUAACAGUUUAAAUUGUCAGUUUAAUCUUAUAUUUUAUCCUGAAUAUCCGUUUAAUCGGUGCAAGUUAUGAAAUUGCUCGCGAGAUUUCUGAUUCCACACUGUUGCAAAGAAAGGGAUUCAAGGUCUCUUCAACCAGUUCCUCAAAGCAGGGUAACUGUGCUGAUCAAAGCCGUCGAGGCCGAUCAGCUCUCCUGUUUUCAAAGGCAUCGUGUGAAUCUAGAAAUCAGAUUGUCGCUCUGCUUUGCUGCUUUGUGAGCGCUGCUAACCAACGCAGCCUCAUUCUCGCUUGCUGAGUCUGCUAAAAGCUAAUGAUAAUAAAAGCUAAUCGGUGCUAAUUGGUGCCAGCGUUGCCUCCACACGGAGCUGUCUGCUUCAUGGGUUCUCCUCAAAUACCUAAAAAUCAAGAAAAUAGAUCAUUUGAUCAGUCGUGCAUCCGUGCAGUUAAAUGCUUUAUUGGUGUCAUUAAUCUGAUCCUGCCGGCUGCAGCCAACACAUUUUGCGUUUUGUAAAUGGAGCGAGUAAACCUGACAUACUGUUCAGGUUCCGUCAGAUUUGGGGAGAACGCGGAAGAAGACGUGCUGUGAUUGGUGUUGCAGUGUGAAAGGGGUUUUGCUUGUCAAUGUGGUUUAAAUCAAGAAUGCUUUUGUGAUUAGCUGAGGGUGCGGAAAAUGAGCUUACGUCUGUUCAUGAAAUCCCAAGCUGUUUAGGUUCGCUUUUGAUUGAUUUAGAACAAAGGGAUUAAUAGUUUUUUUUGCUUGGUGGAGGUUUUCAACUCAUGCAAGAAUUAAAUAAAUGGGUAAAAAGCAACAAACGUUUUAAGCUAGACUAUUCUGAGGUGAAAUCAGCUGUUAGACAACUCCACAAAUACCGUUCUACGUUCUUCCCAUCACACCUGCUGUACUUCCUGCUGCCUUGCUGCUGUUUUAAAGUGCUGAUUGGAUGUGUAUUUUCUUAUGUUGAGAGAUUUAUUUUUAUAUGAAGUUCAGGUGCCAUAUCAGUGUAUAUGUACUGACUCAUGCUGUCAGAAACUCACGCCCUCUCUUCUACCCCACAGAGAUUUGUUUCUAUGUGAAAUAACGUAACAUGUAACUAAUAUUUAGUUGCCAGGCCAGUGCGUCUGCAUAAGUAUUGCUACACAAAGCCGCUGACUUUAGCUGUUUUCUGUGCUCAUUCUAAUGAAAUAAAGCUGCAAAUGCACUAA